GCAGGGAGCCCUGACAGCCUAGUGCCAUGAGCCAGGGCACACUGGAGGCUGGCGGCCCCCUCUGGGGCUGGGACUGGGACGCUGAGGAUGACUGGGAAGGGGCCGUGCUGGCUGUGCUGGCCCUGGCCGUGGUCGCCGCCACUGCCCUGGCUUUGCACUGGUUUGGCCCGCAGGAUCAGCAGGCAGCAAGACCAACGCCCCAGGCAGCGGGAGUCGGGCCGGCUCUACACCUCAAAGCCCAGGUCAGUGGUGGCCAUGCAGCUCGGAGCCCAGAGCAGGGGAAGUCAGGCCCACUAACAUGCAGCCAGGGCAGUCCGACUGCAACGACCCGAGUUCAGGGCUGCGAACCCCGGGGAGGUGAGGUGCUGCACCCUCAGGCCAGGCUCUGCAAAGGGGCCUUGGGCCUGCAGCAGAGCCCAGCCAAGGAGCCCCCCAGACCAGGCGCCGAUCACCCGAGCAGGGACUCGGCAGCUGGCCUGCCGGCCCCGGUUGUGAUACACUUCACUCUUCGUGAAGUGGAGGCGCAGCUGGAGGCGGGAGGAGGCCGCGAAGGCCUGGAGCAGCGGGGGAGAGUUCGCAGUCGGAGGCGGCAAGUGGACGCCGGCUCCGGAGACAGAACCCGCCGCCGACCGAAGCCAGAUCCGCUCUGCAUGGGCGCGGUGCCCAGCGUGUGGGAUGAGGUGGAGAAGGCGGCCUCUGCAGGCCUAGACGCUGCCCCCCGGGAGCUGUCCCAGGGCCGUGCCCCUAACUUGGGGGCAGCCCCUGUCAGCAGACCCAGGCCCGUGCCCCAGGAGGCCCGUGUGGCUCUGCAAAAGGGCUCCCAGGAGAGACAGGUCUUAGCCAGCUGGGGGACCCUCAUAGCCAUGGUCCUCAGAAGCCACCCCUUCCCUAGGCAAGAGAAGCUCCCAGGAAGGGAUUCAAGCCUCUGUGAACUCACCCAGAGCUGUGAGCAGGAGACGGUGGGGCAAGGGACUUCGGGGCUGUCCCCGGGGCAGGCAACAAAGGAGGAGGCCCUCACGCAGAAGCAGAGAGAGGCCCGCAAGCUCCUGGCCUUUCUGCAGAGGCCUGGCAGCUGGGGAGUGGCAGAGGGGGUCCGUGGCCCCUGUACCCUGGAGCCAGCCAGGGCAGCGGCUCUGCGGCGGCGGCUGGACCUGGGCAACUGCCUGGAUGUGUUGGCCUUGGCCCAGCAGCGCGGGGACGCCAGCCUGGCCCGGGAGACCUAUGCCGUUAUGAGCAACAACCUGCUGCACGUGCUGGGAGAUGCACAGCUGUACCGGCAGCUGAGCGGGGCUGACCGCCAGCGCAUCCUGAACCUGCGUACUGGUCGGGGUCGGACUGUGCUGGGCGUCCUGGUGCUGCCCAGCCUCUACCCAGUGAGCCGCCUCGGCUCUGGCGCUGAAGAGCCUGCCCCGGCUGGGUCCACUCAGCUGCACGUGUUCAGCCCCCAGGAGAACUCGUGGUGGCCGCUGACCCGGGUGCCCGAUGAAGCCCCGCUGCGGGGCUGUGGCCUUUGCACCAUGCAUAACUACCUGUUCCUGGCGGGCGGCAUCCGCGGCUCAGGCGCCGAAGCUGUCUGCUCCAACCAGGUCUUCUGUUACAACCCGCUGACCGACAUCUGGAGCCAAGUCCGACCCAUGCGACAGGCCCGGGCGCAGCUCAAGUUGGUGGCCGUUGACGGGCUGCUCUACGCCAUUGGGGGUGAAUGUCUGUACAGCAUGGAGUGCUAUGACCCACGCACAGAUGCCUGGACCCCACGGGCCCCCCUCCCCGCGGGCACCUUCCCCGUGGCCCAUGAGGCGGUAGCCUGUCGAGGGGACAUCUAUGUCACGGGGGGACACCUCUUCUACCGCUUGCUGCGAUACAGCCCAAGGAAGGACUCGUGGGAUGAGUGCCCCUACAGUGCCAGCCACCGGCGCUCCAGUGACAUGGUGGCACUUGGGGGUUUCCUUUACCGCUUCGACUUGUUGCGGGGCGUGGGCGCAGCGGUGAUGCGCUACAACACUGUGACUGGCUCCUGGAGCCGGGCAGCCUCCCUGCCCCUGCCGGACCCUGCCCCGCUGCGCUGUGCUGUGCUGGGCAACACCAUCUACUGCCUCAACCACCAGGUCACGGCCACCUUCACGGUCUCCGAGGGCACGGCCCAGUUCCAGGCUCAGGAGUUGCAGCCCUUCCCCCUGGGGAGCAAGGGGACCCUCAGCCCCUUCUUGCUGACCCUGCCCUCCAAGGACCCUCUGCAGACUUCCCUCUGA